UUACAGUUACGCUCCUAACAAGCGGAGAGGAUUCAGGCAUUGCUGACACACUUCCGUUUUAUGCUCAUCGUGCGUUGUUCUCUCGCAGCGCACAUCCCCGCAUUCUUCGUCGAUGCAUGGAUCGGAUCAUCUCUGGGUUCAUACCGAGUCCAUGCCACUUCUCUCUGGAUACGAAGAACCAACCGCUUGGCCACUUUCGCACUGAAAUAUACUCAUUCUUUCCAAGCGCACUACUAAAUGGAAAUACACACCCAGUUAUGGAAAAAUGUUUGCAAGUCGGGAUAUCUUCAUGUUGAACCCACUCCUCAACCAGUGUUAUACCACAAAUCCAUCAUUUGUCUCGCUUCCUCCACGAAAAUCGAUAACUGGCGGGAAACUCUCAUCCCUCCCAAGGCCGAAGGUUCGCAAUUGAUCAUGGGGGCACAACUGGGCGAAAGCGUUCGUUCGGCUGUAGGAGCGAGCAUCCUGUCGUUCCCACUCCUUCUCGGGCGGCCGAAAUCGAGAGGACGAAUCCUAGGCCAUAGACCGGAGCUUUUUUACGGUGGUGACUGGCCACGCACGCAGUUGCGGUCACGCCAAUUUCUCACUGUCCUGUGGAAAAUACGCUCAUGGCCUCCAAGGAUCCGCACCUCAGGAGACCUUAAUUCCAAUAUCGCUGUGAAGUUUCUCACCCACCCACUUCGAGAUAAACAGCGCAAAGCACACAAAUCCCCUUCCCCCUUCCCCGUCGAAAUUUUUGUUGUUGUUGUUUUUUUUUACAAUCAAGAAUGCGCAUUAUCAACUCUCGGAACCGACGUUUAA